AUGGCAGAGCGCGGGAUGUUCUUUUCGCCUGUGUUAGUGCCAGUGGCCGGCCAGAUCCUGCGCUCCGACCUGGGCGAGCUCGUCGAGACGGUCGGCGUACACCUGCUUGAGCACGGUCCGUGCACACUGAUCCAAUUGGCGAGCGGGCUCGAGUCGACUGGGUCGACACUGACCGCCACGCAGAUCCGCGCUUCGUUGCUCGUGCUCUUCCAGCACAACAUCGCCUCUGUGCUCGCGCGUCGGUGGUACCCGUGGGUGGUGUGCGCCACCCGGCGCAGGAUCGGCGACGACGCCGCCGCUCUCCUCGUCGAGGUGCUUGCUCUCGGCCGGUGCACCCUCGACUCGCUCUCGCGGCGGCUCGCGCCGGAGGGAGGGGCGCGGCGCGAGGCGCUCAAGGCGGAGGGUGUGGGGGCAGGGAGGGAGGUGUGUGGAGAGGGGUGCGUUGCGGUCUGCCUGCGCUUCGGUAGGUGCAAGCUCAUGCACGAGAAGUUCGACGCGACGGCGGCGCAGCUGCUCGACGCCGUCCUCGCCAUGCAGCCGACCUGCCCCCAGGAUAGGCAGCCGCCCGAUCUGACGCACGGGGCGUGGCCGCUGCCGCACUCGCAGGAGGAGCGGGGGAAGCCGUGCACCACACCCUUCACGGUCGAGGAGCUGGAGUGCGGCCCGCUCCUGGAGGGGCACGAGUUCGAGUCGGACCGGCGGCAGCUCGCCGUUCUCAACCGAUGCGGAGAGGCAGCAUGCCGCCUCUUCCGGCUGCUCCUCCGCUUCCGCGCAAACGGCGGCUGCCCGAAGAUAGAAGACGGCGUCCCGCGCGUCUACCGGCUCGAGCUGAAGCAGCUCGCGGAGCUCGGCCUCAUGCCGGAGAAGGAGGCGCGGCCGCUGUUGUGGACGCUGAUGAGCGCGGGCUUCGCGUCGCUGCAAGAGGCGCCGCCGGUGCCACGGUCGGUGGAUCACAACCCGCGCACCACCUGCUACCUGUGGUACGUCGACCUGCCGCGCGCCUACCGCGCGCUCGAGGCGCAGCUUCUGCAGACGCACGCCCGCCUCGCGACGAUGCUCGAGGCGGAGCAGAGCAAAGCGGGCGAGCAGCCAACCUCCUCGCCCCCGCCGCCCACCCGCCGCUCGGCGAUGAUCGAGGCACGACCGCGAGGGGCGGCGCUGCUGCGGACGAGCGAGACGCUGAUGCUGGUGAGGUAUGUCUAG